AAAAUUUGGGGGAGAGGAGAGACGCUAUUCCUGUUAGACUCCAGGGUCUUGGGAGACAAGCAGAGUUUACGUGCUCUUUCUCUUUCUCACGAUCUCUGGGUGAGCUCGUGAGCCCUUCGCGCUGUGCCACUGGGGCCAAAAGGCUGGGCUUAGCGGAAGGCCCAAGCUCGGUGCAGCAAAGAAAACAAACACAGAUAAUGUUCUAUUGGGACCGAUCGAGAGACGACCGUCCUCGCCUCCACAUCUGGAGUUCUCCGGGGGGCAUUAAGGCCGGGAGACACCCGUGGGGCUCUCCCGGCGGCGUGGGGCCGGGAGAAGGCUGACAGUCCCGGUCCGCCCCUCCUUUCGCUCUGGGGUGCGCGCCCGGCCCAGCCCCCUCUCCGGGGUUUCCCCGGGCGCUCUUCUCGCUUUCUCUUUGUCUCUGCUUCUCUCCCCGACCUCCCGGGUCCCACCCGCUCGCGCUCGCGCUUUCUCCGAGUCCCGGGCGGGCUCCCUUUAACUUUUCUCUUUCCCGGGGUUACAACUUCAGCUCGGAGCCGGCGGCUGCUGGCCGCAGUUAUUGGCCGGCUCCCCGCCUGGCAGCCCCGCCCCCCGCCCCCGCUCGCCCCUCCGCCCCCCACUCCCGGCGCUAGCCUUCUGGGGGCGUGCGUGCGUGUGUGUGCGCGCGCCAGCGAGCGUGAGUGUGUGCGCCCCGGGCGCGGGCUGGGCAGCACCGCGAGCGCGGCCGGAGCAGCGGGAGCCGGGCGGCCGCGGCGUCACUCGGGCCAGAGAGGCGGCGGCAGCGGCCGGGCCGGGGCCGGGUUUGGGGCAGCGGCGGCCGCGCGGGGCAUGGAGCUGGCGAGCCCGCGCUGAAGUGGGACGCGCCUGCGAGGAGCUGCGAGAGGCUUUCCACCGUCCGUCCGGUGCGCGGGCUCUUCGGUCCGAGCCAGGCAAACUUUUCUUUCGCGUCUGUCCCCUCCGGAGGAGCCUUUUGCUGCGGGCUGACCGACUCUGCGCGGCGGGACCGUGGCAAAGCUGGACGCAGCAUGAUGCGCGCCGUGUGGGAGGCGCUGGCCGCGCUGGCUGCAGUGGCCUGCCUGGUGGGCGCGGUGCGCGGUGGGCCCGGGCUCAGCAUGUUCUCGGGUCAGGCGGCUCAGCCUGACCCCUGCUCAGACGAGAACGGCCACCCGCGCCGCUGCAUUCCCGACUUUGUCAACGCGGCCUUCGGCAAGGAUGUGCGCGUGUCCAGCACCUGCGGCCGCCCCCCGGCGCGCUACUGCGUGGUGAGCGAGCGCGGCGAGGAGCGACUGCGCUCUUGCCACCUCUGCAACGCGUCCGACCCCAAAAAGGCGCACCCUCCCGCCUUUCUUACGGAUCUCAACAACCCGCACAACCUGACGUGCUGGCAGUCGGAGAACUAUCUGCAGUUCCCGCACAACGUCACACUCACGCUGUCGCUCGGCAAGAAGUUCGAAGUGACCUACGUGAGCCUGCAGUUCUGCUCUCCUCGGCCCGAGUCCAUGGCCAUUUACAAGUCCAUGGACUACGGGCGCACGUGGGUGCCCUUCCAGUUCUACUCCACGCAGUGCCGCAAGAUGUACAACCGGCCGCACCGGGCGCCCAUCACCAAGCAGAACGAGCAGGAGGCGGUCUGCACCGAUUCCCACACCGACAUGCGCCCGCUCUCCGGCGGCCUCAUCGCCUUCAGCACGCUGGACGGGCGGCCCUCGGCGCACGACUUCGACAACUCCCCGGUGCUGCAGGACUGGGUCACAGCCACUGACAUCCGCGUGACUUUCAGCCGCCUGCACACGUUCGGCGACGAGAACGAGGACGACUCGGAGCUGGCGCGCGACUCGUACUUCUACGCCGUGUCAGACCUGCAGGUGGGCGGCCGCUGCAAGUGCAACGGCCACGCGGCCCGCUGCGUGCGCGACCGCGACGACAGCCUGGUGUGCGACUGCAGGCACAACACCGCCGGCCCGGAGUGCGACCGCUGCAAGCCGUUCCACUACGAUCGACCCUGGCAGCGCGCCACCGCCCGGGAAGCCAACGAGUGCGUGGCCUGUAACUGUAACCUGCAUGCCAGACGCUGCCGUUUCAACAUGGAGCUCUAUAAACUGUCUGGACGCAAGAGUGGGGGUGUCUGUCUCAACUGCCGCCACAACACUGCUGGCCGCCACUGCCACUACUGCAAAGAGGGCUACUACCGGGACCUGGGCAAACCCAUCGCUCACAGGAAGGCCUGUAAAGCUUGUGAUUGCCAUCCUGUUGGUGCUGCUGGCAAAACCUGCAACCAGACUACAGGCCAAUGUCCCUGCAAGGACGGUGUGACGGGCAUCACCUGCAACCGCUGUGCCAAGGGCUACCAGCAAAGCCGCUCUCCCAUUGCACCCUGCAUAAAGAUCCCUGUGGCACCACCGACCACUGUGGUUAGCAGCAUGGAGGAGCCUGAAGAUUGUGAUUCCUACUGCAAGGCCUCCAAAGGGAAGCUGAAGAUUAACAUGAAAAAGUACUGCAAGAAGGAUUACGCCGUCCAGAUCCACAUCCUGAAGGCAGACAAGGCGGGGGAUUGGUGGAAGUUCACGGUGAACAUCAUCUCUGUGUACAAGCAGGGCACAAGCCGCAUCCGCCGUGGCGAUCAGAGCCUUUGGAUUCGCUCACGGGACAUCGCCUGCAAGUGCCCCAAAAUCAAGCCCCUAAAGAAGUACCUGUUGCUGGGCAACGCAGAGGACUCACCGGACCAGAGCGGCAUCGUGGCUGAUAAGAGCAGCCUGGUGAUCCAGUGGCGGGACACAUGGGCACGGCGACUGCGCAAGUUCCAGCAGCGCGAGAAGAAGGGCAAGUGCAAAAAGGCCUAGCGCGCAGGCCUCGGCGCCAGCGGCGGGGCAGGCGGGGCAGGGGGCGGGGCCGCAGGCAGCCUGGCAGCCCCACCCCGGCCCCACCCUGUUUGUCCCUGGCUGCGGAGCUGCCGGCCAGGCCCUGGAGAAAAGAGAAUUUAGCUACCUCACGGGCUCCCUCCAGAGCAGAGUCGCGCUUCCGCUUCCAGAGGACCAGGAGAGGGGGGCUUGGGGGGUGUCACUGUGGAGGGGGGCGGGGCACUGACCCGCCCCUCUCCUACCCCCGCCCUGGUUAGUGGCUGGUGAUGGUGUAGGAGACGUGAGGAGAACUGUGAAUUCUCGGGGAAUGGGGACUGAUGGAGUCUGGCCAAACCACCACCCACAAUAUACAAGACUAAAAGUUCCCACCUUUUCCCUGGCCUUUCUUUGGGAAUUCCCACAGGACCCCUGGCUGUGACAACUAGGGCCCCUUCUGAAGGCACCUGGCAGGCGUUUUGGGGAGAGAAAAA